AUGAUAUACACCAGGUUUAAGAUUUAUGACGAUAUUUAUGUUCACAGGUUUUGCAGAUCAGUAAAAUAUAAUGGAAAAGAAGAGACGUUGAAUUGCAUGAUUCCCUCUGAUAAUUGCUUCAUGGCACAAUUGCAUAGACGUUUCAAAUCUCAAAGUGAUUUAUUUCAUUUACUUCUUCCUUCCAUUGCUGCAUUUUUUGUUUCUUCUCUUUAUCAGCUUGAUGAAAUCACGGAGUUGCAUUAUUUAUUGAUGCACAUUCCACAAAUGCAAAUGGUCGUAACAUAUAAAAAUGUGACUCUGCAAACCACAUAA